CAAGACAACAUCAUCACAGCGAAGAGAGUUUUUUUAAACCGCUUUCACUACACACAACUAAUUGUACAUAAUAUCAAUAGUAUUAUUGUUAUUUUAUAGUCUACAAGCAAUAAUACAAUUUAAACUAAAUCUAAUUUAUCAAACAUCAUUUCCCCUUCAGAUUUAAUCAAAACGUUAAUUUCGUUAUUACUUGUAGUUUGAUUCAUCCCGCGCUGUCAUUUCUCUUUAGAAUUUUAACAAACGUUGCAUAACGGCCUUCAUAACCACUCAAUUUCUACAUUCAAAUAUUCUACUAUUGCUGUAGAUACCAAGACAAAUAUUUCUAUAAGAAAUACGACAACACAAUCCUUUGCGCACCAUUAUAAAUUUUGAUCUAGAGAUGACUUCCCAAAGACAAGAAAUCUUCUUGAAGGAUAUGAUCAAUUCUUCGAAUACCGAUAAGAAUACGUCUGCUGAUUCGACAUCAAUCCAACUCACUAAAAUUCUUCAACCAUUCCAACUUUAUACCAAGAAACGUACCGAUAUCAAUAAUAACUCUGUAGAAAUUUCUCUUCUUGGUAAGACUGUCGAACAUUACUCGCUUGAUAUCCUCACAGAUAGAAGUGUUAGUGUGUACUUGGCUGAAGAUGGCCUCUCAAGUACAAUGGCUACCGCUCAAACCCUCAUCAAGAAAAUGCUCCCAAUUACUUUUAGUUCUGUAAAGAAGAAUGAUAGGGUAUCUGUAAUAUCAUCAACCGGUGCUCGUGCCAAUCCAACAAAUACAAAGACCAAUAAUCUCAAUUCUAAUCAACCACCAAAAGUUGCUUUCAGAGUUAAGAGUCACGGUAAGGGCUGCAACGGUACUGUAAAAUUAUUUGUAAUGCCUUUUGUUAUUACAGAAGAAGUUACUAAGAAUGAAGAACACUACUUUUUAAUGAUUAAGGCCAAGAGAAAUUCAUUGGGUAAAGGUAACAAUAAGUAUGGUAUUGAAAACGCCUACAUGUUCCAAAAGUCCCUUGAUAAUGAUUUGAUAGAUCAAAUUAUUGAUCGUGUCCAAGCAUUUGAUUCAUCAACCAUUGUAACACAACCAACCACUAAGAGCAAUGAAAGCAAUAUUGAAGUUAUUGAACAAACUCUUACAAGUCCAACCAUUCGACGAGUAUCAAAUGAAAAUGCAGAUCAAAUCUCUAAGAAGAAGAGAGUUAGAUCUACUUCUAAUGUAACUCAAAGCGAAUCCAAGACCAAGUUGAGAAAGACUUUUACAGAAAUGGGACCUAGUGUACAAGAAGAAUCCAAACAUAUGUUUACUGUUGUUGGUUCCCCUAAUAAGAUGAGUCAAACCAUAAGUCAGAAACAAAACAUAUUCCAAAUGCCAAAUAACCAACAACAACAAAUCCCUUCGAUAACAACACCAAACAAUAAUAACUAUGUGAAUCGUACAACUAGAAUCCUUUCUCAAGGUACUGUUCCAUUAAGCCUCGAUUUCAACCAACCACAAAGACAUUCAUUCUCUGGUGUUUCCAAUGUUCAAUCCCAACAACAACAACAGCAACAACAACAACAACCAUCCAAUCAGCCAUCAGCAAGUCAAUUGGCAAUGAUGGUAAUGAUGCAACAAAACAACCAACAAUUCUCGAACACCAAUACCAAUAAUAACAUUUGGAACUCCAACCAAUUCCAAAACAAUAAUCAAACUAAUACAGCUGCCCAUAUGAGCAUUAGUAGUCUGGGAUCUGCCAUGAAGAAUCGUUUGUUUGAGUAUGACUAUCAAAAGCAAUUUACUAGACAAACCUUCCAACCACAACAAACUCAACAAAACUACCAGCCAACCAUGCAAUACUUCCAAGCUCCUUCUCAACAAUCAUUUAAUGAUAACAGGGCUAUCAAGAGAACUAUGGAUGAAAUCUUUAGUGAAGAUUUCCAUGUUCAAGCCCAACAACACCAAACCAAUUUGAAUAACCAAUUCCCAGUGCAUCACCAUCACCAUUUUACUAAUUUACCAACUGAUGACGAUAUCAUGUCAGUGCAACACCAAGAAAUGGCUGAAAUUAUAGAUUCUAUCCAAAUGUUUGACUUGCCUUUAACAAAUAAUGAUGACGAAGAAAUACUCACCUUUUUUUCUAACUAGAUAAUGCAAAUAUUAAAACCUAACUGAGUAGGACAAUAAUGUAAAUAAAAAGUAUAAAAUAGUAUUCUAUUCAA